UCCUGCUGAAAUGAGUACCUGCGCUUAGGUCAACCUUUGAAUUCGUUUUGUCUUUGGGUGUAUAUGACACGGAAUUCUCAUCCAGCAUCCGCUCGUUUCUCCAUUAAUAUUUUGAGUACAUAGACCUACCUGAGUUCACCUGAGACGCACCUUUGCUACACAUCCACUAAGCUUAGGAGGAAGCACACGAAGUCGAAGGAGCAUAGUCUGGAAAACGGCGAAAUAGUGGGAGAGGACAGAGUACCUGCGUAGGUAUAGCCAACUUUGAAGAGAGCGGAAAAGGAGCUCGUCGAGUAGGAAAACAGUUAUGAGCUAGGCUACUGAGGACUUCUCUUCACCUUUCAUCGUCUAACGUCUCGUAACCUACAAAUUCGUUUCCCUAUUUCUUAAUUGCGACCUACGAUAGUGAGCUCGUGGAGAUAACGGGUGACCAAGAGUAGACCAUGCCGCGAGCCUUCCUUGUGAAAAAGUCGAGUAAUUCUUCAGGCAAACGGAACUGGAGCGAGCUGCCCGACCAUGAGCGUGGAGAUAUCUAUAUUCCAGCACCUAUGAUACCUACCGUGUUCAGUGAGGAGACGGAAGCCAGUCCUGCCGAGUUUGCCUCAUUUCUUUCCACACAAAAAGAUCACAACUUGCCGACACAAACUCAGAUCCAUACCCAUGAGUCCUAUCCUGUGGUUCCUACGGCUGAACUACCCUCCUCAACUGCAUUAGGUCGGCCUUCUAGCCCAGGACCUGAGAGCAGUAAAAGGCCCACCAGCAGCAAGUAUAUACGCUCAAAGAUUAAGGUGACUACAGGUGAGCUUCCUGGUGAGUUUCAAGGUCAGGACAGCACAGAUCCAGUUAUUCCUUUUGUCCCCCCUGGUGUAACUACAACAACAACAACAACAACAACAACAACCUCAGGUGGCCCUGGCACAUCCACAACGCCGAUCUUUGUGUGUCAUGUAUGCCAGAAGACAUUCCAGUAUCAACGUAUGCUGAACAGGCACCUAAAGUGCCAUAACGACACUAAAAGGCACCCAUGCAAUUUCUGCGGGAAAGGAUUCAAUGACACCUUUGAUCUCAAACGACAUGUUCGGACUCACACAGGUGUUCGCCCAUACAAGUGCAACGCGUGCGAUAAGGCAUUCACACAACGCUGCUCGCUAGAGUCCCACAUGAAGAAGAUCCACGGAGUGACGCAGCAGUACGCCUACAAAGAACGCCGCAACAAACUCUACGUCUGUGAGGAGUGCGGCCACACGGCGCCAACACAGGAUGCCCUGAUCGACCAUCUCCACACCCUGCAUCCUAACAGCACGUUCCUCCGCAACAAGGCAACGCGUAAAAUGGCAAGUCCAGGCGGGAAGCCGAUAGGCUCGCCAUCAGACGCUCCAAUGGCAGAGGAGAUGUCAAUACCAGGGUCCCCACUUUCUCUACAUAGUGACGAUACUACAGGAUCCGGAGGCAGUUAGAGAAGAGCUGCUCUGUGAUAAACGGAAACAUGUAGGGCUUUAGUGGAGACAGACUAAUGGAGAAGCCUAGGUGGUGUUUGAUCAUCUCCUGGCUCAGUUUGUCAACAAAGGACUUCAAGAAGGAAACUAACAAUCAAUAGACAAAUGGAUCUUUGAAGUAGCAUUUAUAUAUUUUUGUACUUCACUGUGGUUUUUGGUUACAAUUAAGGUAUCACAUGAAUUCUAUGUACUUUUGCAUAUACAUUACACAUUAACCUUAUAAUAAAGAAGGUUUGAGAUGGGUAGACAGUUGACUUAAUGUGUUUUAAAAGUGUAACAUUAUAUUCUGUAACUAGAAAUUGGCACAAGUAAGCUGCCACAUGCACUCAGGAUGGGAACUCUCUAAAUGCAAUCACUACUGUAUGCUUAAAAUAGCCUAUAUUAUUUCCCCUGUCUUUGAUGUAAAGGCACACAUGAAAUAAGUUCGGACCAGCAGUCCAGUGUCGAUGUAUGGUUGAGGUAUGUUCUAAUAGAGCUGUUUACGGCUACGGUAUUUAUACUUAAGGUGUGUUGCUGGUAUGGCCAUGGGUAAUGGAAUUCAAGCAGACUUGUACAAAUCUGUGCUUGUUUUUCAAAAUGGAUUUUCUCAACUAAUAUAUUCAGAAAAAUAUUGUUGUAUAAAGAGAGCUUUAUAUUUAUCUGUAUAUGUCUUUACUGUUGUUGAUGUUUUUUUCUGCCUUUUUUAUUUUUACAGAUUUCUAUUGUGAUUGUGCAACUUUUGCUUGUAAAUAUUGUAGUAUACCCUGAAAGGGAAGGCAGUGGUUGAAGCCUUACCAAGCAAUUAGGCCUAUGGUCCUUUUUUGACUACAACCCCCCUUUCAGCAUGUUUUCCCCAUGAAACACAUUACAUUACUACUGAUACUGAUCCUGUGUCUUUUGGGGGGAAUUGACACCUUGCAUAAAUCACAUAAAGUAUGCCAAAAACUUGCUGCAGCUUUAUGCUGUUUGGAGAAGAAAACAUUAUAUAGGUUAUAGCUUCAUUUUUGAAAUUGUAAAUGAAAGUAAGGCACCAAACAUUUUAGAUCACUAACGGCAUCAUAUGUUGUAUCUUGUCUUUGCCAAAGAUGUGAGAUUUUUUGGGGGAACCACUACACUCAUCAUUAAAUCAUGUUUUCCAGAGG